UGUGUGUGCGUGCGUGUGAGAAAGAAAAAGACAGACAGAGAGUGAGCCCAUGCACUGUCCAGAGAUCAGCGCACAGAAGUUUUGCGCAGUUUCUCACCGUUUGGACAUUUCAUUGUAAAGUUAUCCAAAGCCGAAAUGAUGGCUUCACGUGCACUCAAACUAGUAUGGAAGAUGAAAAAUACAUUGAUUCUUUUUUGCACUCCAUUUCUUCUGCUUCCUUUGCCACUUGUCAUUGGAUCAAAGGAGGCUGGAUGUGCAUAUGUUGUGGUACUGAUGGCAGUUUACUGGUGUACAGAGGUGCUGCCGCUGGCUGUCACUGCUCUCCUGCCCGCUGUGCUCUUUCCCCUCUUCAGAAUCAUGGAGUCCAAAGACGUAUGUAUGCAGUACCUUAAGGACACUAACAUGCUGUUUCUGGGUGGCCUGAUGGUGGCCGUGGCUGUCGAACACUGGAAUCUGCACAAGCGGAUCGCCCUGCGGGUGCUGCUCCUUGUGGGGGUUCGACCAGCUCUGUUAAUGUUGGGCUUCAUGGGUGUAACAGCUUUCCUCUCCAUGUGGAUCAGUAACACGGCCACAACAGCCAUGAUGGUGCCCAUCGUUCAGGCAGUUCUCGAGCAGCUCAACAACACAGCACAACAAGAACAAAGCUCCAUACCUGAGACCGAGGAAAAGAGCACUGAGAAACAGCCUGAGAGCCCGGGUGAGGAAAAAGUGGUACUGAAUGGCGACAACUUCUCAAUGGAGUCAGACCCUGAAGAACAUUCACGAGAAGCAGAGGAAAGGCUGAAGAUGUCUAAAGGCCUGACCCUGUGCGUGUGUUAUGCCGCCAGCAUCGGCGGCACAGCCACACUCACAGGCACUGGACCAAACCUCGUUCUUAUGGGACAGAUGAGCCAACUGUUCCCGGACAACCCUGACAUCAUUAACUUUGCGUCAUGGUUUGGAUUUGCCUUUCCAAACAUGAUCAUCAUGCUCACGCUGGCCUGGCUGUGGCUACAGAUCGUGUUUCUGGGAAUAAACUUUAAAAAGACAUGGGGCUGUGGGACGGUGAAGACGGAGAAGGAGAUCGCGGCCUAUAAUGUGAUUAAAGAGGAGCACCGCAGUCUCGGCCCUAUGACCUUUGGGGAGCUGAGUGUCCUUGCCCUCUUCAUCCUCCUGGUGGUGCUUUGGUUCACUCGUGAUCCAGGCUUCGUGGACGGCUGGGCGACACGCUUCUUCAAUGCUGACAAAGAGUUUGUGACAGAUGCCACGGUUGCAGUGUUUGUGGCUGCGCUGCUCUUUGUCUUUCCCUCUAAACCACCACGAUUGUGCUUCUGGAGAACAGAGAGUUUCGACACAGUGCCCCAGCAAGAAAGUGGCCCGACUCCAGCUUUGCUGACAUGGAAAGUGACACAGAAGAAGAUGCCAUGGAGUAUUAUACUGCUGCUGGGAGGAGGCUUUGCCCUGGCUAAGGGCAGUGAGAUCUCAGGAUUGUCCAAGUGGCUUGGAGAUCAGAUGUCUCCUCUUCAAAGCAUUCCUCCAUGGGCAAUAGCUAUUGUCAUAUGUUUAAUGAUCGCAACCUUCACUGAAUGCACCAGUAAUGUGGCCACAGCUACAUUAUUUCUGCCUAUACUGGCAUCUAUGUCUCAGUCUAUAGGUGUGAAUCCUCUGUAUGUUAUGGUGCCCUGUACCCUCAGUGCAUCUUUUGCCUUCAUGCUCCCUGUGGCAACUCCUCCAAACGCCAUCGUCUUCUCAUACGGAUACCUCAAAGUCUCUGACAUGGCCAAGACUGGGAUCGUCAUGAACAUCAUCGGCAUCCUCUCCAUCACCUUAGCCAUUAACAGCUGGGGCAGAGCCAUCUUCAGUUUAGACACGUUCCCCAGCUGGGCAAACACUACUGAUGUCUAAGAGACACAGAGAGCCGGACUGCCCCACUCACCACUUGUGAACUUCAGAUUGUUUCCAGUUCUCAUGUGAACAGAGAAAACCGAUUAUGACCACUGUUUAGUCAUUUCACACAUUCAUGUCUAUCUUUUACAAAACCGUGGUGUUCACUACAGUCUGUGGACAUUGUAACACCAAUAUUUGAAUGAUUCAUAAAAGACAAAAAUAGAUUUUACAAAUCAUGAUUUUUCUGUAGCAUUACAGCAUACUGUGAGCACUGAGCAUAUAUUUGGACCAUUGGUUGUUCGCUUUUGGCUUGUGAAAGAGCAUUUGGACGCAGAAACUCAACAUCAGUCAUAUUGUCCCCUUGUGUCCAGACUCAGAGCCAGUGGCCGGUUUCACUGGAGAUCAAUACUGUACUUUGACGGUUCAAAUCACUUCAUGUUCAUAUGCGUAAUUUAAAGCUGCUUUAAACACAGCUACACAAGAGCACAUGCAGAAAAAGCUGAAAGGCUGAAAUUGUGUAAAUAUCAUCUAGAUUUUUAAGCACAAAAGUAUAUUUAGAGUAUAUAUAUAUAUAUAUGAAUAAAUUUAUACAUACCUCAGAUAUGCAGAGCUGCUUUGACAGAGUAAUCAUGUACAUUUCAAAAUUAAUUCAAACUCUAUUUUUAAUGUACAUUUAUUAAAAUUAUGUAUUUUGUUCAUAUUUACUAAUAAAUUUUUAUUUGGUUUACUCA